AUGUCGCGCUCAUUGACCAUCGUGAAGAUCGACGGCAAGCCCGGCCAGGUCUACUACCCCCUACAACUCAACACCAACCCCAAGCCCGUUCCCGGGCCGGGCGAGCUGCUCAUCCGCCUGCACGCCACGGCCCUCAACCACCGCGACCACUUCAUCCGGCAGCACCUGUAUCCGGGUCUCUCCUUCGACAACGCGCUCCUCGCCGACGGCUCCGGCAACGUCGUCGAGGCCGGGCCCGGCAGCGGCACGGCGCUGCUCCACCAGCGCGUGAUCCUAACGCCCAUGCGCUCCUGGGCUCCCACCUCCCCAUCCCCCUCUUCCCUCCCUCCCUUAUCCUCAUCUUCCGGCGCCAACCCGCUCGCAAACUGGAUCGCCAUUGGCGGCAUCACCCAGUACGCCGCCGGCGCGGCGCAGGACUACAUCUGCGUCCCAGAGUCCGAAGUGGAGGCCUGCCCGGCGCACCUCAGCGCGGCCGAGGCGGCGGCGCUACCGCUGGUCGGGCUUACCGGGUGGCGCGCGCUGGUGAGCAAGGGCGGCUGCGAGAAGGGGCAGAAUGUGCUGGUCACGGGCAUCGGGGGCGGCGUGGCGCUGGCGGUGCUGCAGUUUGGGGUUGCGAUGGGCGCGAAUGUAUAUGUGACGUCCGGAUCGCAGGAGAAGCUCGACAAGGCGAAAGCCCUGGGCGCAGCCGGCGGCGUCUCGUACAAGGAGGCCGGAUGGGAGAAGAAACUGGCGGGACUUCUGCCGGAGUCGCGGCCGUACUUGGACAUAGUAGUCGACGGCGCCGGCGGCGACAUCGUGUCCAAGACGGUGCGCCUCCUCAAGCCCAACGGCGUCAUCGCCAUCUACGGCAUGACCGUCGCGCCCAAGAUGGAGUGGAGCAUGCAGGCCGUCAUGAAGAACGUCGACCUCCGGGGGUGCACCAUGGGGUCGCGCGACGAGUUCCGCGACAUGGUCGCCUUCGUGCGCGAGCACGGGGUCCGCCCCGUCGUCAGCCGCGUCGUGCGCGGCCUGGACAACCUCGACGGCAUCGACGGCCUGUUCGCCGACAUGCGCGACGGGAGGCAGUUCGGCAAGCUCGUCAUCGAGAUCGCGCCCGAGAGCGAGGGCGAGGCUGGGUCCAAGUUGUAG